AUGCCAGAUACUCAAGAUUUUAGGUCUAUAGAGUACCAAUAUCUGCCAGCAGAGUUUACUAGAUCUCAAGUAAAAUCUGAUGGUAGCAAAUCAAAGACAUAUCAUGUGAACCUUAAAGCAAAAACAAUGGGUUUUCGAUUACUUGGAAGAUGGCCAUCAUUUACAAGCCAAGCAGCUAGCAAAGUUGUGGAAGUCCCGAAAGGCUAUCUUGCAGUCUAUGUUGGGGAGAAAAUGAAGAGGUUCAUGAUUCCCAUAUCAUUCUUGAACCAGCCUUUAUUUCAAGAAUUGCUAAAACAAGCUGAAGAUGAGUUCGGCUAUAAUCAUCCUAUGGGAGGUCUCACAAUUCCCUGCAUGGAAGAUGUGUUCUUAGAUAUAGCUUCUCGCUUGAACGUGCCUUAG